GUGGGAGAGAGAGAGAGUGUGUGUGUGUGUGUGUGUGUGUGUCGGUGUGUGUGCGCGCGUGCAGCGCAGUGUCCGUUUCGGAAGGCGCUCUGGGGAGGCUCUGUCUUUAGGGGGCGGAGCGCAGGGGGCUCCGGCUCGGCGCCGCCGGGGGGCCGAGUCAGUCCCGCGGAGCCCGAUCGCUUCUCAGGGCCGGCGGCACCGGGCGCCUGGCGGCCAGGCGGGCGCGUUGAACGGAGGCCGACGUGCCCUGGACGGGCGGCGGCCCCUACCCCGAGGUGCCGGCCUCGGGGGGCACAGCCGGCUCCCGUUCACGUCCGCCGGCCUGCGGAGGAGAGGCUCGGACCCGGAGCCGCGCCGCGGAGCCGGCCCACCCCGCCCACCCCGCCGGACUGGGGUGCAGAGCCGGACAGCGAGGUCCCCGCCGCUGCUCCGCCCGCAGGCGCCCGCGGUGUCCGGAGCGCGCGCGCCCGCCCUCGGCUGCCCGGGCCGGAGCCCGAGGAGCGCGCACCAUGAGCGGCGGCGAAGUGGUCUGCUCGGGAUGGCUCCGCAAGUCGCCCCCGGAGAAAAAGUUGAAGCGUUAUGCGUGGAAGAGGAGAUGGUUUGUGUUACGCAGUGGCCGUUUGACUGGAGAUCCCGACGUGUUGGAAUAUUACAAAAAUGAUCAUGCCAAGAAGCCUAUCCGCAUUAUUGAUUUAAAUUUAUGUCAGCAAGUUGAUGCUGGAUUGACAUUUAACAAAAAAGAGUUUGAAAACAGCUACAUUUUUGAUAUCAACACCAUUGACCGGAUUUUCUACCUGGUAGCAGACAGCGAGGAAGAGAUGAAUAAGUGGGUUCGCUGUAUUUGCGACAUCUGUGGGUUUAAUCCUACAGAAGAAGAUCCUGUGAAGCCCCCUGGCAGCUCCUUGCAAGUGGAUUUACCGUCAGCUGUCAUUACAACACCACCAUCCGCCCAGGUGGACUCGUCCUCUGCUGCCCACCCUCCUCCAUAUCAGCUCCUUAACCUGCCGCCACAUCUGGAGACUCUUGGCAUCCAGGAGGAUCCUCAAGACUACCUCUUGCUAGUCAACUGUCAAAGCAAGAUACCUGAACCCACCAGCCAAGGGUCAUCUUUUGUUUCUGAAGAAGGAGAGGAAUACCUACUACUAGAAGAUUUUGAAAGCAAAACGAUUCCAUUGCAAACACACGCUGAUUCUGCAAAAUCCACCUCCUCUGAGACGGACUGCAACGACAACGUCCCCGCCCACAAAGCCCCGGCGCCGAGCAAACCCGGGCUGAACGGCUUCUUCCCGCAGCACCUGGUGUACGACUCGCCGCCGCCCCGCGCCGCGCCCGCGCCCGCGGACGCCGGGCUCUACAGCCUGCCCCGCAGCUUCUCCCACGACCUGCUGCCGCGGGCGGCCCCGGCCGGCGCCGACGCGGACGGCGAGCUCUACGUGUUCAACACGCCGCUGGGCACCGCGCACGUGCCCGUCAGCUACGACAUUCCCCCGACGCCCGGCAACGCCUACCAGAUCCCACGGACGUUUCCGGAUGGACCCCUGGGACAGACGUCAAAGCUGGACCCCAUUCCAGACGUGCCCCCGCCCCGGCCGCCCAAGCCGCACGCGGCCCACGACCGGUCUCCCGUGGAAGCGGGCAGCCUCGCCCGCGCCGCCUCCGACACCGACACCAGCUACUGCGUCCCCGUCCCCGCCGCUGCGGGCAUGCCGGCCUCCCGCAGCAACACCAUCUCCACCGUGGAUCUGAACAAGCUGCGCAAAGAUGCUAGUUCUCAAGACUGCUAUGAUAUUCCACGAACAUUUCCAAGUGAUAGAUCUAGUUCCCUUGAAGGCUUCCAUAACCACUUUAAAACCAAAAAUGUAUUGACAGUGGGAAGUGUGUCAAGUGAGGAGCUGGAUGAGAAUUACGUGCCGAUGAAUCCCAACUCUCCGCCGAGACAGCAUUCCAGCAGUUUUACGGAGCCCAUUCAGGAGGCAAAUUAUGUGCCCAUGACCCCAGGGACGUUUGAUUUCUCCUCAUUUGGGAUGCAAGUUCCUCCUCCUGCUCAUAUGGGCUUCCGGUCCAGCCCCAAGACCCCUCCCAGAAGGCCCGUCCCUGUUGCAGACUGUGAACCACCCCCCGUGGAUAGGAACCUCAAGCCGGACAGAAAAGGUCAAAGUCCUAAAAUUUUAAGACCCAAACCCCAUGGUUUAGAGCGAACUGAUUCACAAACCAUACGUGACUUUGCUACGAGAAGAAAGGCCAAGCCAGCACCUUUAGAAAUAAAACCUUUGCCAGAAUGGGAAGAAUUACAAGCCCCAGUUCGGUCUCCCAUCACUAGAAGUUUUGCUCGAGAUUCUUCUAGGUUUCCCAUGUCUCCCCGACCGGAUUCAGUGCACAGCACAACUUCAAGCAGCGACUCGCAUGACAGUGAAGAGAAUUAUGUGCCCAUGAACCCAAACCUAUCUGGUGAAGACUCGAAUCUUUUUGGCAGUAGCACUCUUGAUGGAGGAAGCAGCCCUAUGAUCAAGCCCAAAGGAGACAAACAAGUGGAAUACCUCGAUCUAGAUUUAGAUUCUGGAAAAUCCACACCACCACGUAAACAAAAGAUCAGCGGCCCAGGAAGCGGUGUAGCAGACGAGAGAGUGGAUUAUGUUGUGGUUGACCAACAGAAGACCCUCGCUCUGAAGAGCACCCGAGAAGCCUGGACAGACGGGAGACAGUCCACAGAAUCCGAAACACCAACCAAGAGUGUGAAAUGAGCAUAUUGCUCUGCUAUCUCUGAACAAAAGAGAACAUAAUUGCAAAGAUAAAUCCUGCUUGACUGAAGAAGACUUGACACUUAAACUCCAGGUAGAUCCUGGAGUACUCUCUAGUUGAAGUCAAAAGACCUUUCAGACAUAAUCAAGCAAUUGACACUGUCAGUGGUGCUUAUGGUAUCUGAACAGUUCAUAGCCUGUUAAAAAAAAAAAAAAAAAAAAAAAAAAAGUAGACAAAUAGUAUUGUUUAGUUCCCAGAAAAAAAAUGGUUCCAUAGUUACCACACUUGUAGUAUUACUGUAUUUAUGCACUUUUUCAUUUUAAACAUUGGUUGGGGUAUUCGCAAACGUACCUUACCAUAACUCCUUUGGGAAGUGUUUGUUUUUCCUCACACUACUCUAGAUAGCGAUAGAUACUAAGUUAAACUAAGCUACGUUUAGGUUUGUAAAUUUCUCCUUCAACUUCAGUGUAACGUUAAGGUGAGAAAGUAGAUUCACAAUUUAUCUUUCUCCUACCUGAAACUCCAGGUGGUAGUUGUUGAUCUACAGAGUCCAGUUGGACUCAUCAUUCAUUGCUUUCUCGAAUGCUAAGGAUAAUAUGUAUAGUGGUAUUAGGACCGAGUUCUCUGGCUCAUGUACAGUUAGUUCUCAGUGUACAACUUUAUUCUAUUUUGUUAAUUACAGUGUUCUUAGUUCACUGAGUGGAGAUUCUGCCGGGUGGGAUCUUGUACCUCGGGAAGACUGAAUAAUUACACUACCAAGUAAGCCCUACAGGUCGCUGGUGGCAUGAUGUGCUCUCACACAUGUUAACACGUAUUAAACUUUAUGUUAUUUGCAAAUCGUAGUUUAUGUAACUAAUCAGGUACGUACCAGGCACUGAUGUGCUACUACGCCAAUCAGGUUUAGACAGUGAGCUUUAGUUUGUUCAUGUUAGUCCUGAAUUCCAAUUUGGAACUAAUGACACCAUUGACAUUCACUGUUAGGUAUAGCAACAUACUGUGAUUUUUUUAACUAGACAGUAAUUCAGAUUUAUUACUCUAAGGAUGAAAUUCUAUCUUUUGACACCAUAAUGCCCUUUCUAUGAUUUUUUAACUUUACUUAAUAUUCUUCUUAGCCUUAUAUUUAAAUUCCUAUGCAAUUAAUAUUUUAUACCUGCAUUAAAAGAAAAAAAGAUGUUAUGUGAUUCUCACAUGUAGCACCUAUUGCUUUUCCAGUAAAAAAAAAAAAGGAAAAAAAGGAAAAAAAAAUUAAGGAUUUUGUACUGUGAUUUAUAUUCACUGUCCCAGUUCAGGAAAUAUUGGAGUCUUGCUAUAAUGUGAAAUCUUAUAGUCAUGGACCUCUUUCAACCAGAUUUGUGAAACCACCAGAGGGAUCAUAUAAUUCUGUCUCACCUAUAACAUGAUAUCAAGACCACAAAUUAUAGUGAAGCUACAAUUAUAUGUAUCUGUCUUGGCUUUGCUCCGUAAUUUAGAAAGCAGAUAAAGCUGUUUGUUUGUUUUUUAACUACAUGGCAUACAAUCUCUCACGUAUUGAUUUGAGACCCGCGGACAGUUGUCAGAGGGGGCGUAGAGAUCGCAGUGCCCGUGGCUGAGGCGAGACCCCCCUCCAUUCAGACCUCUGUUGCCUGAGAACACAGAUGUGCCCUGAUUCCUGGCCUCUGGCCCCAGUUCUGUGCCUCAUCAAUGUAAUGGGUUUGUUUCCCCGAUCCACAAACUAAAAAUGUUCAAAAUGGGAUGAUGAAUGGUAGAUUAGUAACAGUUGAUGCUUUUAAGUGUUUGCUCCUUUUUCAAACAAAGGCUAAAACCCAGAAGUGGAUUUUGAGGUGGAUUUUGAAAUAAAAAGAUUGAGUUUGGCGUGCGCAAGCUGUUUCCUAAUGAAACCACAAAAUAAAAUCUAAAAUCAUUACAGUGUGCCUGAAUACAGUGCAGUUUGGUGUGUGACGAUAGGAAGUUGUGUUACGGGGAGGAGGGCUAUAUUUUGAGAUUAAAACACAAUACACAUAUUCAUUCAAAAAUAGAAAUCUUGUUUAAAGCUGCCUAUCGCGAGUCUAAGCAAUUGCGAAUUUUUUAGUGUAAUUUUGUUAUUACAAGUUAUCACCCUUUUUGAACACCUGCAACACUGAUUUGUAGAAAUGUUCCCAUUGUGCAGAAUUUAAGAAUAGAAAUGUCUUAAGUUUGUCUCAGAUGUUGAAUGUUGUAUUAACAAAUUAAAAGGCAGUUUCUUACAGAACACUCUUUUCCAAACAUUUUUAGCCUAGGAUCUUUUUUAAAUAAAAUUUUGUGUAACCCCCAAUA